UUCAACAAACGGCGGAGCGCGGCGCUGCCCCUCGACCGCGCCGUCAAGGACUACCGCGACGCGCGGUGCAAGGCGAAGGACUACGGCGCGCUGCCCGCGGCGUCCGUGAUCAUGGUCUUCUACGACGAGCCGUUGAGCACGUUGCUCCGGUCCGUCGCGUCCGUCAUGCAUCGGACGCCGCCGAAGCUGCUCCAUGAGGUCGUGAUGGUCGAGGAUGGCGGCUCCGGCAUGUUCAACUCGACGGGCGAGAACUUGAGGGGCCAGCUUGCCGUCUUCGGCCCGAAGAUCGUGCUGUUAGAAAUGCCGCGGCAGACCGGCCUGAUCUACGCACGGGCCGCGGGCGCGAAGGCCGCGACGGGCGACGUGCUCGUCUUCCUCGACUCGCACAUCGAAACGUCGCCGGGCUGGCUCGAGCCGCUGCUGGCGUACGCGCGCGACACGUACCGCGGGUUUGGGAUUCCAAUAGUCCCGAGCAUCGACGCGGAUUCCUUCGACUACGAUUUGGGACAUCGCAUCGGCACGCUCGGCUUCUCGUGGGGCCUCGGACAGGUGCACUUGUCCAGGAACGUCGACAAGGUCGAGCCGACGGCGACGCCGAUCAUGGCCGGCGGACUCUUUGCGGUGAUGCGCUCGACGUUUCACGAGCUCGGCGACUACGAUGUUUCGAUGAGGAUCUACGGCGGCGAGGAGACGGAGAUCUCGCUGAGGGCCUGGAUGUCCGGGGGCCGACUGGAUCUCAUUCCGUGCUCCGAGGUCUUUCACGUCUUUCGUAGUCCGAAGCACUGGCAGGGGCAGGCGUGCGAGGCAAUCCACCGCAACAAAUUGCGCGCGGCCAUGGUCUGGAUGGAUUCGCCGUAUUCGACGACGUUGGUCUCGAAGCUUUUCCCGCGUUUGCCGCCCUCGAACCCGAUCGGCGACCUCUCGGAGCGCGUCGCGCUGAGGAAGAGAAUCGGAGUGCACGACUUCCAGUGGUACCUGAAGACCGUCUACCCAGAGUUGAAACCACCGGACUUCGAAGACCUGCGUCACUUCGGAGCGUUCCGCGCGGCCAAGGGCUGCCUCGAUAACUACGCGUCGAACCCGAGCCACGGCCCGGACCUCUACCCCUGCCACAACGAGCACGGGUCCCAGCUAUUUCUCCUCACGGGCAAGGGCCAACUC